AUGGACUUGGGCGCAUACUACUUACCGAAAAAAGGUGAGGAUGCUCACUUCAUCUUUGCAGAAGAGCAGACCAUUGGGGUGGUGGACGGUGUUGGUAGUUGGGCAUCAAAGGGAGUAGAUGCCGGUGAGUACUCCCGGGAGCUCAUGCGCAACUCCGAAAAGGCUAUCCACAAUCACCAAAAAUCUGGACAAGAAAUCAACCCGAUAAAAGUAUUGGAGGAAGCUUACAUCAACACCAAACACAUUAAACUCGGAUCCUCCACGGCUUGCAUUAUGACUCUCAAGAACACCAAACAUGGAUCAGUAAGAUCCUCCGCCAAGGCAACCUUGCAUGUUGCGAACAUUGGGGACAGCGGUUUUAUGGUGUUCAGGAAAAAUCACAACUCUAGUUACGAGUUACGCGGAAAUGGAAAAAGAAGCGACGAUCCUGACUUGGCGGAUGAGAUCGAGAUUAUCGAUCUGAUAGAAGCCGAAGAUGUCAUAGUAGUUGCAACUGAUGGGUUGUUUGACAAUGUGUUCCCGUAUGAGAUUGGAUAUAUCAUGAAUCAUCGUGAUUUUAAGACCGAAAAACCAGAGGAGCUAGCAGAGAGGAUAGGAAGAUUUGCUGCAUACAAGUCCAAGGACAAACACUGUGAUUCCCCUUUUGCAAGUGUUGCAUACAAGUCCUAG